AUGCCAGAGUUUGGGCAACAAAUCAGCUGGAUCACCUUGCGGCGUCGUGUUGUUGCUGCGGCACCUAUCAAGGGGCUCCGGACUGCCGGACAUCGCGUCAGUUGUGAGCCGCAGCACGUUGUAACCGACUGGAGGCCUCGGGGGCAUCGAACGCCGCGGCUCAGCGGCUCAGAUCCGGCAUUUCAAGCCGCCAUGUUGCUUUUUGCACUGCUUUUUAUUGAGCUGCCGAUUCUUCUGAUUGCGUUCAAAACGCAACAUCUGACCACGCCGAAAGGCAAAUUUUUUGUUCACACUCUUCAUUCUGCUCAUUUCUUCCCAAAUACGGGUAAGUCUUUUUAUUUAUUGUUCAACUUUUUUUUUCUUUUCAAAAUUGAAGCUUGAUGUAAGCCUACCCUUCAUUUUAAUUUAUUUUUUUUCUUUUUUUUUUCGUCUAAAACUUAGGAAAAUAGUUAGAACCUUAUUUUUGCAGAAAUGACGAUUAAUAAUCGCUUUUCCCAUAUCUUGGAAUAUGCUUCUUUGGUCAUUGCUUGAAAGUUGAACUUUUGUUUGGACUUUUGAUUACAAUGUAUGAUUAUUUGCAGUGAAAGUAAAAUGGGAAGCGACACUUCGGAACAAACCAGCACUUCCAAAUUGGCUGCGAGUGAUGCCGUCGCGGCAUCCUGAGCUGGCCUACUUGAUAGGUUGAACUCCGCUCAUUUUAUUUUUAGUGAUUUUUCAUGAUUCAGGAACGCCAGUGACUGACUUGACGCAGGUCACAGUUCAUGUGAUCGCGAAACGACUCGAAAAUUUUGAGAUUCAGCAGCAACAUCUGGUGCUUACACUCGUCGAGGACCGUAUGUUUUGGAUUACAUUUUGUUUCAAAUUUCACGCGUGCGUGAGAUGCAAAUUAUCAUUAUACGUAUCUCAGUUUUCAGUUCGUUACACUGAAUCCACGAAGCAAGUUAUCGAUAUUCAUCUACGAAACUUGGGCGCAGAAGAGCUGAUCAACAAUCGAGACCGAAAAAUCGGUAAAUUUGAACUGUACAAAACCGUCAGAAAAAAAUCACGAAAGAAUGUUUUUUUGCUCAAAACUUUCUUGUAGGAAAUUUAAUGUUUCUGAAACUUUUUUGAAGGUGUGAUGAUUUUUAUUCAGUUUCAAGAAAAAAAAGGCUUAAAUGAGAAGUCAAGAUUAAACUACUUAUAAGGCCAAAACCGCGUUACAUCGUAACUUUUCGUACGCGAACCUUUCAAAAUUGAGCUUUCGUAAUUGUUCGUUUUUCGAAAGACCUUAACUUAUUUCAUAGACGUCCGCGCCAAUUUUCAAGAUUAGAUCUGCGUGUAAAACUCCAUUCAGUGUCUUAUCGAAAAGUCGAGCAGAAAUCCCUGCAACGUUAAAAACAACUUUUAACCAACUUUUUUUUCAAUUUGAGAAUAUUCUCUUGAUCAUAGAAUUGUUAUAAAUACCACAAACUAACUCUUUCACAGAAAUGACUUACUUAUUCCAUAUUAUAAAUACUGCUCUUCUUUUUCUCUUGAACAAAUAAUUUAAAAAAACUUCGGUUGAAUUUUUUUCUUUUACUUUGAUCUUUUUAAUGACACAUAGUUGAGUGAAAAAUUAGAAAUUUUAAUUGCAAACCUGAGAACCAACAAAAAUCAGAAUUGGGCUCGGCCAAAAAUCUCGAAACUCGAAAAACUUUCUUUUUUUAUUUUUUUCAAAAAGUUUUUUUAGAGCAGUUUCUUGUUCAGAAUUUGCCGCACAAUUCGAAAAACACGACUUUCAUCUAAAACUUCGCGAUGCGUGCAAAGUUAUGCCUUUUAUACCAAAAAAGACUGAGCCUAACUUAUGAAAAAAAAAGAAAGUUUUUAUUAUCCAAAUUACUCGAAAAUUCAAAGCUGCGUCUUAUGCACAAUUUCCUUUAGUUUCAAAAGUUCAACUUUCAGCUUCUACUUUUAGAAAUUAACCUUGUUAAAUCAUAUUUGUAAAAAAAAAUGUCUGCUUGGCCAAAUACAAUUCUGACGGCCUUAUCUUCCGUUAUUUUGGAGUUUUACUAUCGUUUUGCUACUUAAACUUCUUGGUAACAUACUUUUUAAGAAACCACGUUUUAUGCGUUUCCGGAGCGUACGGAGAGCGUUUUGACAGUUUGAGAUGAUCACGCGACGUCGCACGCGACACUGCGCCGCCGCCUCGGUUCAUCUAAAUCUCAAAAAUCGACGAUUGUUCUCUAGUUGACUUCUGACGGAGACUGGGCUCACUAGAUGUCGUUCUUACUUUUGAUCCAUAUUCUGAACUCGAAAUUCAUCGCGUAAACCGUCUUUGGAAAAUAUUAGCAAGUACUCAAAAGACGGAAAUUUUAAAAUUUCUUUGUUGUUUUAGAAAUUUUGCUAAAUUACCGUUAACACGGAAUUAAUUCUCGACCCAGUCAUCAUAGAAAAACUUUACGUUCUUUUGGAAAAAAAUUUUAGAGGCAUCAUUUUAUUUCUCUGAGAUCCGCAGGAAAUUACACUGCGAGCGGAAUUCAAAACGUUCUAAAAAGUUGUUUUUGUAAUAACAUAGCCGAAAAUCGCAGUUCGGUUAGAAAAAGUACGAAAAAAGCUAUUAUAUCUCAGCAUUUUUUUGGAAUAAUUUCAUUCUUUGAAAGUUUCUGUAGCUUUUCGAUCCGUAAAUUUUAACAAUGACGAAAUUUCAAUUAACUUUUCGUUAAAAAAAGUCCACCAGGUUUCAGAAAAAUUGAGCUCCAAACAAGGAGUGUGUGGGCAAGAAAACUGUACUUUAGCUAGUAUUGAUCCAGAUUUUUUUUUUAAAUUCAGAACAACUCGAAAAUGCAGCCAAAUCAACAUUUCGAGGCAAAGGAGUCAAUCCUUACAUAGUUAAUAUUCGCCCUGCGUUUACUGUUCCUUUGGAGAAGGAGCAUUUGUUCCGCAACCGCAUCGGGUAGACCGACUUUUCAAACUUUAACGUGUCCCGUUUUUGUUCAGAUCAAUCGUCACAAUCGGGACCCAAAAAAAGUUUUUCCCAACAACGUUCACCAUGGUCCACAAUCUACGAACAAAUCCCAGUUUUUGCCGGAGGAAUAACGAAAUUGCGAUGAAUAAGUUUUUUGCUCCAACCUUCGAGAUCGACUGGUGUAAAACUGAUUUGGUGAGCUUCCUUUAUUGAAAACUUCAGCUUCUUUUGAUUUUUAGAGAAAUGUUUCUUUAACAGAAGACACCGACGUUGAAAAGACUGCAGCCCGAUACACAGAACCGCCGUUGCUUACUUUGGGGGUCAAUUUUAAUUCAUUUCUUCAUAUCAUUGAGAAGAUUUUUCAGCCGCUACUCAGAAAUGGGACUCCAGAACCUCCACCUCAAGAAAUGUACGGGUACAGCGGCUACAACUUCUGGAACAGCGUUGUUCUCUUUCCAUUGAUUGGAAUCAUCUGCGUUAUUUUAAUUCUGAUUUUGAGCGUUAUUUUCUUUGGCUGCAGAGAAGGACAGAAAUGGCGAGAUUAUAAAACUUCCAGGUUUUAUUUGAUGCGGUAAAAUUAAAAAUGAAACUUUCAGAGAGAAACUGGAAGAAUACAUGAGCGUACGAGAAAGCCAAAAGCAUCUUCGUGAGCUCUCAGUUCAACGCCAACUGCUGAGCAUGGCUCAGGAUUCAAGGAGUACGGCUCCUUCAGGUUUCUCGGCGUAGUUUUGCCGAAAAUUGACUUUUUUCUCAGGAAUUCAUUCAUUUUUACAACCGAGAAGCAGAGCAACUAGCAGUUCAACAGCUCGAUUCAGCAAGAGCGCCAGUAGGCUCAAUGAUAGAGGUUUGUGGUUUUUUUUUUGAAAAUCUAUUCCAAGUUGCAUGUGAAUUUUCUCUUUCUUGAAAAUACUUUGAACUCUCAAGUCUCAAGUGAUGAAUUGAACGUAAGUUUCCGUGAUUCCUUAUCAUUCGGGUAUCAACUUCAAAGUCUAGCUGAGAACAAAGUCCGCUGGCAUUGGUUUUCUUGAUGGUCUCAUAAACGUUUUUUUAAUUUUUCUAAUAAAGAGUAAGCAAAUGUGACUAAUUCAUAAAAAAAUUGAAUGCGGCUAUUAAAGUCAAAAACCUCUGAGGCAAGGUCAAAGAACAUUUUUUUACCAAGUUUUCUGAUAAAUUUAAUAAUUUUUUUAUCUGCUUUUAAAAAGAAGUUACUCUUGCAGAGGAUACGAUAGAACUUCUGCCGGCGACAGAAAUGCUUCCAGUGGGAAAACAAACAGUAGCAGAAGCUGCAAAACAAUGCGGAAGUUCGUUGCAUUUGUAUCGAAAUCCGCUCGACAGCGAGAGCGAAGACAACGACAGUGAUAGUCUCGAAGACAAGCACAGCACCUGA